ACUGAAUAGUAAAUAUAAAUAAACUAAAUUAAUUAAAUAAAUCAGCUUCUUGGCCAGAGUACAGAGCGAGAAAGCAAUACACAGAAGCACUUGCCCAGACCAGAGAGGGAGAGAGAGAGAGAGAGUGAAAGACAGAGACAAAGCGAGACGAGUCGAGGUUAAAGUUACCAAAGCGAACCUGAUCUCAAAACUGAAGCAGCAGCAGCUCGGGAAGCGUAACGGCUUUGGCAGCUCUUACCAAAUAUGAGCAUAUGCUGUUAACCUGGCUAUAGCUAACCACGUAAUUCAAGCAGCCGUAACUUACCAGCAACAACAACAACAACAACAACAACAUUUGUUGAGAAUGGAGCGCUCGCAAAGCUGCAGCAAUUUCGAAGGCGCGCCGGAGGCGUUGCACGCCUCUGUUGGUGGUGUCAACAAGCCGCUUACCGGCAGCAGUGACAACUUGCCCCACCGACUUGCCAGCUGCAACAGCAGCAGCAACAUGUUGCCCAGUUUUCCGCCCAGCAAACCGUUGCGCAAACGCAAACGUCUGCAACGCCAACAAUCCGUCAAUGUGGAUGAUGCGGAUGACGAUGAUCAUCAUGAUCUGCUGAGCUGUGAGUGCGCCUAUGCCGCCGAUCUGGAGGAGAAUGACGAUGGGGAUCUGGAGAUGUCGGAGCCAUUGGUCAUGCCACGCCUGCCCCAGCGCCACAUCUUGGCCAACAGCGGACGACAGCUGCGGCACGAGGAAUCCUUCGACUCGAACAGCACGGCGCCCGAGAUGAGUCCGCAGGCUGUGCGGCAGCAUCGCUUCAGCAGUUUGCUGCUGCGCGACAGCUCCGUCUCGAUGCAGUCGGACUCGAGUCGCUAUUCGAGCGUGGACAGUCUGCUGGAGUCGCGCAAGCCCGAUCCGGAGGCAAUACUCAUCAAUCUGGGCUUCGGGCCCGUCGGCACCGAGGACAUGCUCUCGCGCAUACCCAAGCGUUUCCUCAAGCCCUCCAAAGUGCCGGGCAUCGACACGGAGGCGUUCGUCAAGCGUCUGCAGCUGGCCAGUUCGUUGGCCGACUCCAGUGCCCUGGGCUAUCGCGGGCUCACCUCCAGCUCGGAUCAGCCGCCCUCGUCGAUUGUGGCCAAGAUUAUGGAACGCUUCGAGGUCAACAAUCAGCGCAAACAGUCCAUGGGCAACAUUGAGCACACGAUCAGAUGAGACGCCGAUCCAAUCCAAACACUAUCUAACUAUCCAUAUGCAUACUAUAUAUCCAAUGAAUAUCUGAAAUUGAGCAACCUAGGCUAAGUUACUCCGUUAGCUAUAUAUAGCAGCCAGCGAGCGGGGUUUUACCCGACACGCGGCAACUUUUCUAUUAUUACUGUACGUUAUUAUUAUUAUUAUANUUAUCUUUAUUGUCAUGUGAUGUUUAUCUUGUCCAUUAGCUUUUAGUUGUGCCGCGUACUUAGCUUUGUCUAUUGUUUUACCUACCGAUUCGGGUUUAUUUUUACAAUUCGCUUUACACUUAUUAUAAUCUCAGUUUUAAGCAUCAAACUAAA